AUGGCGGCGGCGCUGCCAGAGCUUAUGCGGCGCACCAUGACGGUGUACGACUACAUCAACGAGUCAUUGCCAGACACGUCGCCGCAUCGAGAGACUCUGGUGCACAUCGACGAUCAGCGCAACUACGCCAUGCACAUGCCUCGUUCGAACAUGGCAGACUGGCACGGUUACGUGGGCUGCGGGCCGAACAACAUGAUGGCCGUGCGGUUCAAUUGCCUCAGCGGCGCGAGCCAGGACGGCGGCCCCAAGCUCACGGACGUUCCGAUCAAGACCACGGUGCUGUUCAAGAACGGCGAGGAGUGGCACGGCCAUGACUACAAGGGCAGGUCGAUCCGCACGGUGCCGAAGAAGAAGUACAGGUGGGGGGCUCAAUCGCGGGUGCAGUCUCACGCGUGGGACGACCAGGCGGGCUGGCUCGACGUGGAGAACCCGCGGGACGACGGCCGCGGGCGGGCCCUGCACACGUUGCGCUGA